CGCCUUUCCUAGUCCUGAGCCUGCAAAGAGCAAAGGGCAGGAGCUGCAAACAGCUGUUGGAGAAGCGGCGUUUUUGGAGGGAGCCAGGAAACCCUGCAAAGCACAGGUUUAGUUCGUGUACUGAUUGGUUGCAUUUCUUGGGCUUGAAUGCAGGGGCCUCUGCACAGGGCUCUUUCGAAGGGUCUUGGGACACGUUUUUGGGGGUCCAGGGGGGCUUCCGGCCUCUGCAGCGGAGCCAUGCGCCUAGUUCAGUUCCGCACCGAAGGGCCAGCGUCGGAGCCCCGGAUCGGCCUGGAGGUGAAGGACGGAGGGGACGUCCUGGACCUCAACAGCUUGGACCCUUCUCUGCCCAAGUCCAUGCGGGGCUUUUUGGAGGCUGGAGAGACCGCACUCCAAGUGGCCAAGAGAGCACAGGCAUCUGAUCAACGUGCCAUUCCCCGUUCCCAAGUGACCCUUUUGGCCCCCAUUACGAACCCUGACAAAGUGAUUUGUGUGGGGAUGAACUACGUGGACCAUUGUCUGGAGCAAAAUGUGAAGAUCCCUAAAGAACCCAUCAUUUUCAGUAAAUUCUCCAGCUCCAUCGUGGGGCCCUACGAUCCCAUCAUCCACCCUGCGGAGAGCAAUGAAGUCGACUGGGAAGUGGAGCUUGCUUUCGUCAUUGGCAAGAAAGGCAAACACAUCCAGGAGGCAGAUGCCAUGUCCCAUGUGGCUGGUUAUACCGUCGCCCACGAUGUCAGCGCCAGGGACUGGCAAAUGAAGAGGAAUGGCAAGCAGUGGCUUUUGGGGAAAACCUUUGAUACCUUUUGCCCGCUGGGUCCGGCUCUGGUCACCAAGGAUGCCGUGUCAGAUCCUCACAACCUAGGGAUCCGCUGCCGAGUGAAUGGAGAGCUGGUCCAGAACAGCAGCACCAAGCAGAUGAUCUUCAAAACGGAAGCGCUGGUCGCUUGGGUUUCCCAGUUUGUCACUUUAUACCCAGGAGACGUCUUCCUCACUGGGACUCCGCCCGGGGUUGGGGUCUUCCGGAAACCCCCCGUCUUCCUCAAGAAAGGGGACGAAGUGGAGUGCGAAAUCGAUGAACUGGGAACCAUCCGAAACAAAGUGGUGUGAAGCCUGGGUGCCUUCGCUGAAUCCCAUCACUGAUUAAAACAAGAUUUAGAUUGAUAUUGUGACUUUGGGCAUUCCUCCUUAGCAAGAAACUACUGGUAGGUUCCUGCACGGUUCAAUGGGAAAAAAGUAAACAAAGACCCCAAAGAUGCAUCUUUUAUAGAUUGCGUAUCAUCUGUGCCUUUGGAUAAACAUUAAUGGGGUCAUCACUCCAGGAAAGUACUUCCACCCAGAUUGUUAAAUCAGAAUAAAAUGAGCUAUUAAAACCACACUGAAAUCAAA